AUGCACGCUAUUCCCGCAAAAACCCGGCCUGGGGAUCUUGGGGCCGAUUGGCUGCUUUGGCAAAUUCUCGUUCCUCGAUUCCUGCGGGGUGCUCCUUGUGGGGUCAGGGCCGCAGCUAGAAGGCGUUGCCUCGGCGGCGGUGCGUGCUGGAUUUUACUUUUAUUUUUCCCCUGCGGCAACGGCACUUUUCAUUUUUAUUGGGGGAUGACGCGACCACUGUCUGGCGCCGCGACACGCCACUUCGCAAAAAACGCGGCGUCGCAGGAGCCAGUUGCCUGCGGUGUGCCCGAGGCACAACCCAAUGGGAGGGCGCGAAGAAGGCACGCGAAGGAAUUGGUGGGCCGUGCCGUGGAGUGA